AUGAAGUCUACAGAGCUGGACCAAGGCCUAUUCACAGACACCUACUGCAAAGUGUGCAGUGCCCAGCUCAUCUCCGAGUCUCAGAGGGUGGCCCACUAUGAGAGUCGGAAACAUGCCAACAAAGUGCGCCUGUACUACAUGCUCCACCCUGUGGACGGAGGCUGCCCCGCCAAGAAACUACGAACAGACAAUGGCAGUGACGAUGGAGAUGUGGACAAGAACAAGUGCUGUACUCUGUGUAACAUGUCCUUCACAUCAGCUGUGGUGGCCCAGUCGCACUACCAGGGCAAGAUCCACGCUAAGAGGCUAAAGCUGCUACUGGGAGAGCAGCCCACCAUCACCAACAAAGACUCCUCCCCCAGCCCCGUGAAGAGCUCCCCAGACUCCUCCCCCCUCACCUCGCCCCGGCAGAGACGUGACUCGGAUCGGUACUGCCAGCUGUGCAACGCCUGGUUCAACAACCCGGGCAUGGCCCAGCAGCACUACGACGGCAAGAAGCACAACAAGAAUGCAGCCCGCGCAGACCUGCUCGAGCAGCUGGGCCAGACCCUGGACGUGGGACAGAUGAAGGGUCUGAAGAGGAGUUACUCGUGUGAAGUUUGUGGCGUGACGUUGAACUCUGUGGCUCAGUACCACGCACACCUGCAGGGCUCCAAGCACCAAAACAAGUAA